AUGGGAAAUGCCUCUGAUAUUGAAUUGUUUGUGUCCAAAAUAUCCAAGGAGAGUGACUACAUUCUGGCCUCCAUCUACACCCUCUUUGGUGUCAUGUCUCUGAUGGGGAACAGCAUCCUGCUGUUUGUGGCCUACCGGAAGAAGUCCUCUCUGAAGCCGGCCGAGUUCUUUGUCAUCAGUCUGUCCAUCAGUGACCUGGGCAUGACCUGCACUCUGUUUCCCUUCGCCAUCCCCUCUGCUUUGUACCACAGGUGGCUGUUUACUGAGCCCAUGUGUAUGGUCUAUGCCUUCUGUGGUGUCUUCUUUGGCCUGUGCAGUCUGACCAACCUGACUGUCCUCUCAUCCGUGUGCUGGCUCAAAAUCUGCUGCCCCAACUACGGCAGCAAGUUCUCACCGCGGUACGCUUGCCUCCUGGUGUUAUGCUCGUGGUGCUAUGCGCUGAUCUUCGCCGUGGGGCCCGCGACCGGGUGGGGGGAGUAUGGCCCUGAGCCCUACGGCACGGCCUGCUGCAUCAACUGGCAUCUACCACACACCAACAAGACGGCGAUGAGCUACAUCAUCUGCCUCUUCCUCUUCUGCUACAUAGUGCCCUGCUCCGUCAUCUUCCUCUCUUACCUCUUCAUCCUGCUGACGGUGCGCGGCGCCCAAAAGGCUGUGCAGCAACACGUCUCACCCCAGAACAAGAUCACCAACGCCCAGACGCUUAUCGUCAAGCUCUCCGUGGCGGUGUGCAUUGGCUUCCUGAUGGCGUGGAGUCCUUACGCACUGGUCUCCAUGUGGGCAGCGUUCUGCAGCUCAGAUGAUAUCCCCCCCAUAGCGUUUGCGGUGGCGGCCAUCUGUGCCAAGUCCUCCACCCUCUAUAACCCUAUGGUCUACUUGAUAUUCAAGCCCAACUUCCGCAGACUCGUAUGCCGGGACGCUACUCUCUGUUGCCAUGUCAUGUGCCAUUGCCUGGGCCCGCCCGAACCAGCCCCGAAGGAAUCGUGCGAGUUGUCGCGGCGCCAGGGGAUCAAGGAGGACGGCAACUCCACACGGCAGUCCAACGGGCUGCCUGAGACGCAUGUGGCCUGCAGGCACUGCCCCGAGGGCAUGCCGGGCCAAUGCCUGGACGUCACACCACUCAGGACUGCCCGGAUCCUCACCGGCUCCAUCAACCGCGAGAUGGCAGUCAGCCAGCUUUCCAACGACCACAGCGACUUCCUGUAGCGCUGGAGAGAGGGCUUGUGGGAUAUGGGAAAAGGUGUGAGGGGGGGGGGGGGGUUGGCAGGGAGAAGCCUGGUGAGGUGGUGGAUAUGAAGAAAGAGGUGCUGAAGUGCUCAGCUGGGAGGAGUAAGACAAAGAAGACUGAUCAUCAACUAUCAAAGAGCCUUUUUAGAGGAUCUCUUCAUUCUGCCUCAAAACAAACAAGGAAAAAAAACAUGAAAAAAAUCCUGAACAGCCUCAAAAACACAGGUCUUAUACAGGUCAGACAAAUGCCUCAAAUUACUUUUUGUUACUGCCAAAUGUGAAAAACUCUUUUUUUUCAAAAAAUUACACAAACACAAUCAAAAAGUGGACCAACUAUGACAGGAGGAGGAGUGCUCUUGCAAAGAGCAAGCAA